AUGGCCAUGUAUGGUGGUGUGGAAAAAUUAUUGAAAAAGACAUUUGCUAGAACUGAAUUGUACUUCCAGAAGCUGGAUUUCUUGUUCAUGGACCUUCUAAAAGUAACUUUGGAAGAGUGUGCUAAGUACAGAAGCCUGUUCACCUGCAAGACUCCUGCAAUUGCAGAUAUUGUGAUAUUGGUAGAUGGUUCUUGGAGUAUUGGUAGAUUCAAUUUCAGACUUGUUCGACUGUUCCUGGAAAAUCUGGUUUCUGCUUUCAAUGUGGGAUCUGAGAAAACAAGAGUAGGUCUUGCACAGUACAGCGGUGAUCCCCGAAUUGAAUGGCAUUUGAAUGCCUAUGGUACAAAAGAUGCGGUUUUGGAUGCAGUCCGUAAUCUGCCAUAUAAGGGAGGGAAUACAUUAACAGGUCUUGCCUUAACUUACAUUUUGGAAAACAGCUUUAAGCCUGAAGCGGGUGCAAGACCUGGAGUGUCUAAAAUCGGUAUACUGAUCACUGAUGGAAAAUCCCAAGAUGAUGUCAUCCCUCCUGCUAAAAACCUACGAGAUGCUGGCAUUGAGCUGUUUGCUAUUGGUGUAAAGAAUGCAGAUAUAAAUGAACUCAAAGAGAUUGCCUCUGAACCUGACAGCACACACGUCUACAACGUUGCGGACUUCAACUUCAUGCAUACCAUUGUUGAAGGUCUUACCAGAACAGUGUGCUCACGAGUAGAGGAACAGGAAAAGGAAAUCAAAGGAACAAUUGUUGCUUCACUUGGAGCUCCUUCAGAUUUGGUCACAUCUGAGGUAACAGCUAGAGGAUUCCGAGUCAGCUGGACCCAUGCACCAGGCAAAGUGGAAAAAUACAGGGUUGUGUACUAUCCCACUCGAGGAGGACAACCAGAAGAGGUUGUGGUAGAUGGAAGCUUAUCAACAGCAGUUCUGCAAAACCUGAUGUCUUUAACCGAAUACCAGAUAGCUGUAUUUGCUAUAUACUCAAAUGCUGCCAGUGAGGGCCUCCGUGGAACUGAAACUACACUUGCCUUGCCAAUGGCAUCGGAUCUGCAGUUGUACGAUGUGUCACAGAGCAGCAUGAGAGCCAAGUGGAAUGGAGUAGCGGGUGCCACAGGUUACAUGAUCCUGUAUGCUCCCCUCACAGAAGGAUUGGCAGCAGAUGAGAAGGAGAUGAAGAUUGGGGCGGCCUCAACGGAUCUUGAACUGGAUGGACUAUUGCCAAAUACGGAAUAUACAGUCACAGUAUAUGCCAUGUUUGGAGAAGAAGCUAGUGAUCCCCUUACAGGACAAGAAACUACAUUGCCUCUAAGUCCACCGGCAAACUUGAAAUUUUCUGAUGUUGGCCACAGUAGUGCCAAGUUAACAUGGGAUCCUGCUUCCAAAAAUGUAAACGGCUAUCGCAUCAUGUAUGUUAAAACAGAUGGAACAGAAACCAAUGAGGUGGAAGUUGGUCGUGUUUCAACCCACACUCUAAAAAGCCUGACAUCCCUUACAGAGUAUACGGUUGCUAUUUUCUCCCUUUAUGAUGAAGGACAAUCUGAACCACUUACUGGCAGCUUUACCACAAAAAGAGUUCCAGCUCCUCAGCAUUUGGAAAUUGAUGAAGCAUCAGUGGAUAGUUUUAGGGUCAGCUGGAAGCCCACCUCGUCAGAUACUGCUUUUUACAGAUUGGCAUGGAUUCCUUUGGAGGGGGGCGACUCUGAAGAGGUUGUCAUAAAUGGAGAUGCAGACAGUCACGUUAUUGAGGGUUUGUUGCCCAACACAGAAUAUGAAGUUUCUCUGCUGGCAGUUUUUGAUGAUGAAAGUGAAAGUGAAGUUGUUGCUAUUCUUGGAGCAACAGUUGCAAGGACUACCGCAAUACCUACCACGGUGACUACUACCAGUACCGCAACUUCUAAGCCUACCACAGCAGUUUUUCGAACAGGAAUCAGAAACCUUGUUAUAGAUGAUGAAACAACCUCAAGCCUGAGGGUGAUGUGGGACAUUUCAGAUUACAGCGUUCAGCAGUUCAGAGUGACCUAUCUCACUGCGGAAGGUGACCGUGCUGAGGAGGCGGUGAUGGUGCCUGGGAGACAAAACACGCUUCUGCUUCAGCCCCUGCUGUCUGAUACAGAAUACAAGGUUACCAUCACUCCCAUCUAUUCCGAUGGGGAAGGAGUCAGUGUCUCAGCCCCUGGCAAAACUCUACCCCUGUCUGCUCCUAGAAAUUUACGUGUCUCAGAUGAAUGGUACAACAGAUUACGUAUCAGUUGGGAUGCCCCGCCAUCACCAACAAUGGGUUACAGAAUUGUCUACAAACCUAUCAACAUUCCAGGUCCUGCGUUGGAGACCUUUGUAGGAGAUGAUAUUAAUACCAUUCUCAUCCUGAAUCUCUUCAGUGGAACAGAGUACAGUGUUAAAGUAUUUGCUUCAUACUCAACAGGCUUCAGUGAUGCCCUAAUAGGCAUAGCCAAAACCUUGUACCUGGGUGUGACAAAUUUGGAUUCCUAUCAAGUCCGCAUGACUAGUCUCUGUGCUCAGUGGCAGCUUCACAGACAUGCUACUGCAUACAGGGUAGUUAUAGAAUCGCUUGUGGAUGGGAAAAAGCGAGAAGUAAAUCUCAGUGGAGGAACCCCUAGGCAUUGUUUCUUUGAGCUGAUGCCUGGAACUGAAUAUAAAAUCAGUGUUCAUACACAGCUUCAGGAGAUAGAGGGCCCUGCUGUAAGCAUCAUGGAGACAACACUGCCGUUUCCAACUCAACCGCCAACAACACCUUCAACACCACCUCCCCCGCCUACAAUCCCUCCUGCAAAAGAGGUGUGCAAAGCAGCCAAAGCUGACCUAGCAUUCCUGGUGGAUGGGUCAUGGAGUAUUGGAGAUGACAAUUUCAAUAAAAUCAUUAGCUUUCUCUAUAGCACUGUUGGAGCUUUGGAUAAGAUUGGUCCUGAUGGAACACAGGUGGCAAUAAUUCAGUUCAGUGAUGAUCCUAGGACAGAAUUUAAAUUGAAUGCGUACAAAACAAAAGAGACUCUUCUUGAAGCUAUUCAGCAAAUAGCCUACAAAGGAGGAAAUACAAAAACAGGCAAAGCCAUUAAACAUGCAAGAGAAGUCUUGUUUACUGGAGAGGCAGGCAUGAGAAGGGGCAUUCCAAAGGUUUUGGUUGUCAUUACUGAUGGGCGAUCACAAGACGAUGUAAACAAAGUCUCCAGAGAAAUGCAACUAGAUGGUUUCAGCUUUUUUGCUAUUGGAGUAGCUGAUGCUGACUAUUCAGAAUUAGUUAACAUUGGCAGCAAGCCCAGUGAAAGACAUGUCUUCUUUGUGGAUGACUUUGAUGCCUUUACAAAGAUUGAAGAUGAGCUGAUCACUUUUGUUUGCGAAACUGCAUCAGCAACCUGCCCAUUGGUAGUUAAAGAUGGGAACAAUUUUGCAGGAUUUAAAAUGAUGGAAAUGUUUGGUUUGGUUGAAAAGGAGUUUUCAACUGUGGAAGGAGUUUCAAUGGAGCCUGGUACAUUUAAUGUUUACCCUUGCUACAGACUGCACAAGGAUGCUCUGGUAUCACAGCCUACCAAGUAUUUGCAUCCUGAAGGUCUCCCUUCUGAUUACACCAUUACAUUUCUGUUUCGGAUACUUCCCGACACACCUCAGGAGCCAUUUGCUCUUUGGGAGAUACUAAAUGAAGCAUAUGAACCACUGGUUGGAGUUAUUUUAGAUAAUGGUGGUAAAACUUUGACUUUCUUUAAUUAUGACUACAAAGGAGAUUUUCAAACUGUGACUUUUGAAGGCCCUGAAAUAAGGAAGAUAUUUUAUGGGAGUUUUCAUAAGUUGCAUGUUGUUAUCAGCAAGACUACAGCCAAAAUAAUUAUUGACUGCAAGCAAGUGAGUGAGAAGACCAUUAAUGCCGCAGGUAAUAUUAGUUCUGAUGGCAUAGAAGUGCUGGGGAGAAUGGUCAGAUCCAGAGGACCGAGAGACAACUCUGCACCAUUGCAGUUACAGAUGUUUGACAUUGUUUGUGCUACCUCAUGGGCCAAUCGAGACAAAUGCUGUGAGCUUCCUGGCUUGAGAGAUGAAGAAAAUUGCCCUGCCCUUCCUCAUGCUUGUUCCUGUUCAGAAGCCAAUAAGGGUCCGCUUGGACCUCCUGGACCACCGGGUGGUCCAGGUGUCAGGGGUGCCAAAGGCCAUCGUGGUGAUCCAGGUCCAAAGGGACCAGAUGGACCUCGAGGUGAAAUUGGUGUUCCUGGACCACAAGGACCUCCAGGACCACAAGGACCCAGUGGACUUUCUAUUCAAGGGCUUCCUGGGCCACCAGGUGAAAAGGGAGAGAAGGGAGAUCUUGGUUUUCCUGGCCUACAGGGUGUCCCAGGAGCAUCAGGUUCACCCGGAAGAGAUGGAGCACAAGGUCAAAGGGGCCUUCCUGGCAAAGAUGGACCCACAGGUCCACAAGGACCUCCUGGCCCAAUGGGCAUACCUGGUGCUCCAGGUGUUCCAGGUGUUACUGGAAGCCAGGGGCCACAAGGUGAUGUUGGAGCUCCUGGUCCUCCUGGAGCUAAGGGUGAAAGAGGUGAGCGGGGGGAUCUCCAGUCCCAAGCAAUGGUGCGUGCUGUUGCUCGUCAAGUGUGUGAGCAACUCAUCCAGGGUCAUAUGGCAAGAUAUAACUCAAUUCUGAACCAGAUUCCAAGCCAGUCUGUCUCAACACGAACCAUUGUAGGACCUCCUGGUGAGCCGGGUCGGCCAGGGUCGCCAGGGCCACAGGGUGAGCAAGGAUCACCAGGCAUGCAAGGAUUUCCAGGAAGCCCUGGUCAACCAGGAAGACCAGGAGAAAGAGGUUUACCAGGCGAGAAAGGAGAAAAAGGCAAUCCAGGGGUUGGAACACAAGGACCUCGAGGCCCACCAGGCUCUACAGGACCUCCAGGAGAGAGUCGAACUGGCAGCCCGGGACCACCAGGAUCUCCAGGCCCACGAGGUCCCGCCGGUCACACAGGACCCCCAGGCUCACAGGGUCCCUCAGGGCCGCCGGGCUACUGCGACCCCUCCUCCUGCGCUGGCUACGGCAUGGGAGGCCCAAUCCCUUACAAUGGCUACCAAGCCCGGAGGUGAAAGGCUCACUCUGGCUCGGGUCUCAUUUGGCGGAAGGUCAGAGACGGAUGCUGAACUGCUCUGUGCUUUCCAGCAACGAUAGUGACUACCACUAAUGAACUGACUAGCUGCUGUACAUGCACUUCGCUUCCUUGCGCUGCUAAAAAUUAUCGCCUGACCCAUUUUUGCCUGUUAAUUGUGUAUUAUAGACCGGAAUUGGAAUAAGCUAAGGCAGGCAGGUUGUGCAGUGUGUAUAUAUAUAAUGACUGGUAUUGCGACUGGGCAUUUGACAAAUUCUGGUGGUGGUUCCAACUAACUUGGCUGUCUGUUGGUGGGGUUCCAGUCGCUCCAGCUUACUCAUUUCUGUUAGAACUGUUUUCACUGUUCCUUUAUGUGAAUAAAAGAUGUGUAUUUAAAGAUUAUAUAUAUA